UCUCCCUCCCUCCAUCCUACCUCUCUCUUCUUUCUCGCUCCCUCCGUCCUUCUCCCACCCCACUUCCCGCAGUUUAUCUGCAACCAGGGGACAGUUUUCACGCUAAAAACUGAUCUAGAUGCCUGUCGCUAUCGCCUCAUCAAUAUCGACAUAACCAAACCUGACAAGGCGGACUGGACCACUCUGGUACCGGAACACGAUAAAGACGUUCUGGAAUGGGCCGCCUGUGUGAACCAAACCAGACUGGUCCUCUGUUACCUUAGAGACGUUAAGUCUGUACUGCUCCUGCACAAGUUGGAGGAUGGAAGUUUUGUGCAGAACUUUCCGCUGGACAUGGGCUCAGUCACAGGCUACUCUGGGAGGAAGAAGGACACGGAGAUAUUCUACUCCUUCACCUCGUUCCUCACUCCCGGCAUCAUCUACCACUGUGAUAUGGCUGGGGAGGGUCUCAGGCCCAGUGUGUUUCGUGAAAUCGAGGUGAAAGGGUUUGACGGUUCUCUGUACGAGACACACCAGGUCUUCUACCCCAGCAAAGACGGCACCAAGAUACCCAUGUUCAUUGUCCACAAGAAGGUCGUACAUCGCAUAUUAUUGCUUUAUACUAAUGCACUGUUAGCAGUAAGCUUCUUUGAGAGGGUCAAUGAAAGCAUGAAAUGUUUUGGACGGAUGUAGGAUUGCAGUAUGUUAGGCUAGGUUCACUACGUAGCAGCAUUGCACCGUGUCGAGUUCCGUGUCGCAAGAAUAGAGUCCAAUUUCUUUGCGGCACAAUGCGACAUGGCACGGCGCGACAGGGCAAUGCGACGUAUGUCGAACCCAGCCUUGAGCUAGGUUCACAAUUUGGCACAUUGCUCUUCGCGCCGUGCCACGUCGCGUCCUGCCGCGAAGAUAGAAAUGGAGUCUAUCCUUGCAAUGUGGCACGGCGCGACGGGCCAAUACGACAUAUUGUGAACCCAGCCUUAGGCACUUCGUCUAUAGAUACAUACACGCAUAGAAGCCUACGGGCCAAGUAACAGUAUUUGUACAAGUGGAAAAAUCAUUUCU